GGAACUAAUGCGGAUUAACCUGAAUACACACUAUAAAGACUGAAAGAAGACUCCACGACGGAGACACACACAACAAACACACAGAGAGAGGAAUAAAACUGAGAUAAAACACCCGCCAUCGUCGACUGAAGAGGAGAAAUAAACACAAUGACACAGAAAAAGGUGGCUCCAGCAGAUCAGGCUGUUGAAGGAAGCAAACCUCCAAGCUACGAGGAGGCAAACGCAGGAUGUCCUGGUUAUUACUAUGGCGACGGAGGGUUUACCUGGGACGACGCUUCUGUAAGACGAAUCUUCAUACGAAAGGUUUAUUCCAUUCUGAUGCUGCAGCUCUUCUCCACAGUUGCCGUUAUUGCUCUCUUCACUUUCCACGCUCCAGUCAGGAUGUACAUUCAGACUCAUCCAAUCCUGUACUCCGCCUCCAAUCUCCUGUUUCUUAUCACAUACAUUUCAUUGGCCUGCUGUGGUGAUCUGAGGAGGCAGUUUCCAUGGAAUCUUAUUCUGCUUACAGUCUUUACUCUGAGCAUGGCGUGCAUGUUGGGUUUUAUCUCCAGUUUCUACAACACUAAAGCGGUGGUUCUGUGUAUCGGCAUCACAGCGGUCGUGUGUUUGUGUGUGACGCUCUUCAGCUUUCAGAGCAAGAUUGACAUCACAUCUUAUCAAGGUCUGCUCUUCAUCCUGUGUAUGGUGAUGUUUUUCUGCGCCAUCGUCAUGGGCUUUGUGGUUCCCUUCGGCUAUGUUCCAUGGCUGCACGCGGUCUACUCCAGCAUAGGAGCCGUCGUCUUUACAAUGUUUCUAGCCUUCGAUACGCAGCUGCUGAUGGGGAAUAAGCAGUACACGCUGAGUCCUGAAGAGUACGUGUUCGCCACGCUCAGCCUGUAUCUGGACAUCGUGUAUCUGUUCACCUUCCUGCUGCAGAUGUUCGGACAGGGCCGAGACUGACCAGCAUCACACACGGGAUUCAAGGUGCACUGAGAUAUUGAGGGAAACAACACUCACGGCCAAUCAGAAGCAAGAGGGCGUGGCUUGUUGUUACUAAAGCUGAUACAUCAAAAGAGGCGGGGCCUGUGGUGUAACAUGCAUGUUUGUUUUGGUGCUUUCAUGCUAAAUUAUUAGCCAUUUUGUGAGAUUAUUUUUCAGAUAUUUCCUUCAAGUGCUGAAAAACACAUUUUUAAACAUAUU